AUGCAAUCGAUGAAAUCUCCCCAAGGUCCCACUGAUCCUCGCGUGACAAUGACUGACUCCCCAGUGGGUGGUUUACUUUCUCCUUCUUUUGCCUCCGUCCUUGCAUUUGAUGAACCUGACGAUCCAGCAUACCAGGAUCUCCAGGGUCUCGAAGAGGAAGACCACGGCAAACACAACAUCGGCCUGCAUGGCUCGGUUGGAUCCGGUAACUCUGGCAUCCAAGAGAAGGAUCUCCAGGGCCUUGGAGAUGAAGACCACGACAAGCACACCGGCUUGCAUGACUCAGUUGCAUCAAAUAGCUCUGGCAUCCAGGAGAGGAAUUACUCAGAGGGCAUUGAAAAGCAACCUCACUUUCCUCGACUAGAGCUGGAUGCUGCGAUGGAUGAGUACCAUGCCCUGGACGGGCCUGCAGAUCAGUUUAAUCCGCAAAACACCACCCCCGUGUCAAACGGUGGUGGCAAUCAUCCUGCUAGCUAUGAUCGCCAGCGCUACAAAGCUGAGAACAUACGCACCAGCUCUGCUCCACAAGCGUCACCAGUCAAACUUGACUGGCUUGAAGAGAAUGGCCAGAUCGACCGUGAAGAUGAUGGAAACAGCAAGACCACUUCCCCCAAGCGCCGCCUCUCCGUUUCCGAUCAGCUCCAGUCGGCUUCACGUUCACCAAACACGCCAGUAAAGAACGACACUUUGCCACUACCAACGCCUCCUGUCGUCAAAUUCGAGGCUCCCCAGUCUUUUGAAAGAUAUGUGCGGUUCUCUCCAGAUAACCCUUCGCAGUUUCUGCCUCCUCGCUCACCCCAUCGCCCUCUCCCUUCCGUGGAACGAAAGCAGGAUUAUAUUUCGUUGCAUCGACUGCACAAGCAGCAAGAGAAGUGGAGAGGCCGUUCCCAGCGUGAACGAAUCUCUCCACGUCGCAGUCCAACCAAAAUUCAAGCUUCAACCUUGAACCGGCAACCGGAUAUUCACUUCCUUUCGAUACCAAAGCCUGAUACUCGCCAGCGUGUCACUCGCUCCGAAGGAAACUUGUCCACAUCGGAUCAAACAGUCGACACCGCAAGACAGGAAGCAGCGCAUGGGCGACCUGGGCGAGUCUAUGACCUAGUUGUCCUCAAUCUAGGAUUGUACCGAUCUCAAUACCCUCAGGGCUCUCGAUGGGCCUUUUGGCGAGUCCGAAUGUGCCCUACCUUUAUACCAGCUCGCAGUCUGACUGAGGACGCGCAAGACACGAGACACAUCGUUUAUCGUUUGCCAGCUGAGGACUUGAUUCUGCACUUUGUGAUUGUUGUCCCAUAUUUCAUUGUGCGCAUCCCCGUCGUUACCCUGGCCAAGGCUGGUCGGCUGGCAAACUCGCGUGCGGGAAUUUCGUUCCUCGAUGUGGUCAGAAUUAUCUGGGCUCUUGUGGCCGCGUUCAUCAACUUUGUACUUCGCAAGAUUUGUGGAAUGGAGUUUGGAUUUUACGGCAAGGUCCAAACCGAAUAUCCAGAUCAAAGUCAAACUCGCGCACGCCCGGUUUAG